CCAGACCUGUUUCCACCGACAUACUUCGACUGCCAGUGCGAAAUAACCUUUUGGUAAAAAAGCAGCGGCGUUAAAGCAUGCGUCUUUGAUCUCUGGUAGGCUACAAUACUUCAUCUGCGUCCAAACUGUUUGGGUUAUACUUUGCGGUGGUUCAGUUGUCAUGGAUUGGUGCGGACGGAUAGGAAUCUCAGCGCAUGAGCUAUGAUUUGAAUUGGGAGUCCAAGAUGAGCAGUAAGCAGGGACAGAGCUGCAUCGAUCCUCUAGUUCAAAGUAAUAUGGAAGGUGCCAUGGGCACCGUAGUCCCUGCGGGGCUUCCUAAAGCCGACAGCCUGCCACACUAUUCCCAUGACAAGGCUCUGCCAAUCAGCAGGGCUUAUUUCCCCUACUCUCUUGCUGGACAAGACGCUCUAGACUUUCCUUCUCCAUGGGGCCCUUCAAAAACCUGUGUGAGAAAUGGGCCGAGCCCAGGGAUUCACUCAUCGUCCACCGAGGGGUCAAUUGCAAUUCCAACAGCGUACAGGCCUGAUAAAGUGUCUUUCCCUAUGGAUGUUGGUGGUGGACGCUGUGCUGUACCACGAGAGCUGGCAGCAAAGCAAAGAUUGGCCUAUUACACUGGCAGUCCUAGACAGCACAGUCCCAGGGCGGCUGGGGUCAUCUCACCCGUGGCAGUUCCCAAAGGUCACAUUGGAGGAUCAGAUGCAGAAAGCUGUGUCGGGUUGGCUAUUCCAAAACCGGUGUACGGUCAUAGUCCCUGCUGCACUGAGCGUAGAUGUACCGCAGGACACAACUAUGGUGUAGAACAUGGACCACAAAGGAUGUCCCCUCGCAUAUAUGAUGACGAAUGGGCGGCUCAUUUCAGCCGGCUGGCUUACCUGCAUAAAAAGGGCCAGGAGGCAUUGGUGCAACAGAGGGUUUUGCAAUUAGAGCAUGGCGCAGAGGGUAUAAAGGACGGAAAGACUGAGAAUUACCAUGGUAUCAGAUCAAAUGAGCCCAGGAGGUCACUUUCUUUAAUGGAACCUGGCUAUGCUUACAACACCGCACAUCCAUAUAUUAGUUCCACACCGGAGUACUGCCAACGUGGCUCAGUUCCUGCACAGAUAUACAAGGGUCUUCCUCAUACUUAUGACCCAAGGACAUUGGCACACCGUGGAGUUCCUUCAAAGGUAUAUCAGGACCAUCCUCAUAUAUCUAAAUACACACCAAUGCCUCCAUAUCCCAGUGUCUAUUACCCUCAGAGUCACCAUGAGGCUUACCGAGCCGAUCCCAAUGUUGUCACAGAUGAGCAUGGUCAGCAUCAUCACAUGGGUCAGUUCCAUUCACCUCGAGCUGACUGCACACACCGUCCGAUGAUCCCAAAAUAUCCCACUUGUCAUCCAUAUGGGAUGCAUUUUAAUAAUAACCGAUCGCACGAUCGGCCACAUCCACCUUUCCCAAUGCAUCAAUCAGAGCGACCGCUUGAUUUCUCCAUACGAAGGGUGCAGACACCUGACUCCCCUCGGGAGCUUUGUAGACAGCCUGGAACUUCUGGGGCUUUCCAUCCUACUCCUGCCCACUACAGACGUCUCAGUAACACCACUACUACCCUCGAACACUCAGAGAUGUCUGAAACUGGCUUUCUUGUAGGCAGUUCUAAAGAAUUUUCCCAUGAAGAUGCACUUAAGAUAAGGCACUGUGUUUCAGAUCCAUCCAACAAGGAUGUAUUGGCUAAAAGGCCAAGAGAGGAACUCGAAAUGGACAUGGCCAGUAAAAAACAAAAGAUUGACUCAACCACUGAGUUGUCAGAUAAUGAGCCUCAGUCUCCAUCCUCCCCACCUAUGCCAGUUAUUAAUAAAGUUUUCAGCUUGGCUCCUUAUAAAGUCUAUUUCGAAGCUACAGGCAUGAUGUCUUCACUUGGGAAUUCAAAAAGUCCAAAGCCACAGCCUGAGGCGACACGGCUUAAACAAGAGCCGGAAAUUCAAAACUGUGAUCUAGAACCAAAUUCAGACGAAAGUGACCUCAUCUUGAAACAGGACACCCAAAUGUCACUAGCUAACAGUGACAUUCCAGUUGAAAUGCCAGAGACUGUAAAGAUCAAAAAAGAAAAACUGGAUCCAGAUGAAGUGGCUUGUCAGUCGGAAAUGAAAGUGAGCAUUGCUGAGGAGAUGAAUCAUCAGGCAGACAAUUCUGAGGUCAAAGAAGAGCAAGGGGAGCCAGAGACAAGUAUAUCCGACUCUCUUCCUUGUCAUGUUGUAGUAAAAAGUGACUUUGAAGAAGAAACUAAUCUUUCCUUUGUAGAAAAGUCUAAAUCUUUAGCUAUAUGCAAGAUUGAGAAUGCUGUGAAAGACAAUGUGGACUCUAUUCCAAUUCCUACAUUGCCUUCAACGCCUCCAGUGCCUCCUCCGUUGACUAAAUUCUCCCUCAAUAAAAUCCCACCUCAUUGUCUUAAAUUGGCCAAUUUCAAAAUAGUCAUCCCCGAGGUCCUAAAAGCUCCAGCAACCCAACCUGCUGAGGUUCCUCCAUCUCCACUGGAGGCCAAGCCAAUUAUAAGUAGCAGCAAACAUGCCCGUCAUCAGUUUAUGGAGCUCCACCAAUCUCUCUGUAGACUCAUAUACUGCUGCGUUAAUCAAACCCCGUGUCAGGAGCUCACGGACUGGUUAUGCAGACUGGAUCUUCGAGAGUCAGGCAAAGAUCAGAAGGUGUCUUGUCUCUUGGGGUCAAAAAUGAGGGAUGUAUGGCUGAAAGGUGAGGAGAUGGAGGCGGCUCUUAAAAAGGUGGUCUGCCAGCUUCAAAAGUACGUUGAAAGCCGCGAAUGUCCCUUUCCUCAUGUCAUGAGGGCCGGCGCCGUGUUCAUUCCCAUGUUGGUGGUCAAAGAGGUGCUGUUUCCUCAGGUUCAAGGCACAUUCAUAGACCAGGUCCUUCAGGAGCACCGGGUGGAGCUCAGGCCCACCACCCUCUCAGAGGAAAGACAGCUGACUCAACUACACAGGAAGGCCUUCUCUUCCAAACUUCGGAGACUUUUGUCACUUAAACAUCUGCCAGAUAUAUACCCUGAUGUCCUCAACCUUCUCUACCAUGCCACUGUCUGCAAGUUCCUUGAUUCCACUGCUACAGAUGGUGUCCAAAAAAUGCCCAGGAGUAGAAACCAGCUUAACAUUGAAGAGAGAGAACACGGACAGCUCAGAUGAAUCAUCUGGAGGUGUGAAUGGCACUGAAGAAUUCUACCUCGAGUCCUCCAGACCUCUUUCACCAGAAACCACAUGUGUGGACAAGCUGGAAAAACAAUUUUGCUUGAAGAGAAAGAAAAAGAAAGGCAGAGUAAAGAUUUCCUCC